AAAUAUUUACCCGCGAUUCCUCUGAGUAACGGAAAACUAUUUUGGAUGAUCUUUAGAGAGACUUGAAAGAGAAAACCUUGGAAAGUUUUGCCAGUUAGAUCAUUCAAUUACAGUUUCUUUUUAACUAAACUUUAUCUUUUAUAUGUUUUUACUACUUGUUAUGUCAAAUUUGUAUUAAUAAAAUGAACUUGGAGGAAGUUCCUGCUCCUGAAGAUUUGAAAGUUGACCUAAAUAAUGGCAACAUUUCCAAUAAAACUGAUUUGUUGGAUGAAAAGUCUUUAGUGGAAUCAAAUAAUAAGUAUGUUUACACAAAGGAUGAAAUGCUACAACUUCGUUCUUCUAUGAAAGCAAUUCCAAAACCAUGUUGCUUAGAUGAAGAUUUUUUUACAAGAGAGGGAAUUUGGGAUCCUGAAGCAUGGCAUAAAUCAAGUACAUCCAGAUCUGAAUCUCCCAUUGUUGAAUGUAAAUUGGCUUCUGAAGGCAAAAAAAUUCAAGUGGAUCAAAUUGAAUUAGCUCCUCGUAGAAAGAGUUUUCAUCAGGGUUGUCAAGUACGUUCAACCACUGAAACUUGCCAAGUUCGUCCAACUACUGAUAGAAUAGAAAAAUCUGUCUCACGAACUAUAUUUGAAAAAAAGUCACGUUUAACUGGAAGAGCUUCGGCUCAGCGCAAGUCUUUAGAAAGUAAAUAUAGAGAGCAAAAUGAUGAAAAGCAUGAUAAAAAAACCCAUUGGGAUAUAAAACAUGAAAGUACAGGACUUUAUAAGGAAAAUCGUACUGACGAAAAAUUUAAAGACAGCCAUCGAGACAGGUUUGAAAAAAGCGGUGAAAAGGCUGUUACAAGAGAUCGAACUGAAAUAACAAAAAAAGAAAAAAGAGAAGAAAAAGAAGCAAAAGAACGUCCUUUAAAAAAUGAAAAAGAUAGCCAGAAAUACGGCUCAAAAGGUGGCAAAUAUCGUUUGUCUGAAAAUGAAGAGCGGUAUCCUGAAUGGAUGACUGAUGCACCAACUAAUCAAAUAGAAGUUAUUGAGCUAGGUGGUUUUAAAGAUAUAGAGGAAGAAAAGAAAGCAUAUGCAAAGAAAAAGGGUUUACAAAAAUGUGAUGUUGUUACUGAGAAUGAAAUGAAACCUUCCAAACCAGUUGAAGCUGUAAAAAAAGAUUCUGAAAAAAAAUCUGCAACUCCUUCGGAUAAAAUGUUUGACAUUAACGAGUUUUUUAAUGAAGUUAAUUACUACCCUCCUCAUUUAUUUCAUGAAGAUAUGGUAAAUGGGGAUGGUGUUAAAAGUCGUUUUACUCAGUGGUUUCAAAACCAGUCACGGAGUAGUUCACGUAACAGUUGCUCAAGUAAUAACAAUGGUUCUCGCCCUCCUAGUGCUACUUUUUUACCUGAUGAAAUUUUUUCAGGGCAUUCUCAAAGUCCAGUUGUACCUUACUUCACACCUAUUCAACCAGCUGUUAACUCAUCUGUGGUUAGUGGUGGCACUCGAAUACAAUCAUCUAAUUUAUUAAAUAUUAUACAAAGGCAUUCCGAAUCUGAACAUCAAAAGAAGGAAAUCAGAGGUCGUUUAAAUGUGCUUGAAUUGGAACAAAAUGUAAGAUUAGAAGCGGAAAACGCAAACAAUCAAAGUGCUUUUGAGCUGUUUGUUCAAUCUAUGAAAGCUUCUGGACAGUUGCCUGAGAAGCCAGCACCUGUGAUAACUGGUCUUCCUGAUCAUUUGCUUCCGAAACCUCCUACAGGAACUUCUCCAACAUUUGAAAAGUUAAAGCGUGCUUUGAGUCGAUCUCCUUCUCCUGUACAAAUUGUCCAGGCAGUCUCUACAGUUGCAAAUAUUAUAGCUAGCAAUCCAGCGAUUGAUACAGAACUUGCUCUUCUUCAUUCAAUUGAUCACCUCAAACAAAACCAAUCACUUAAUCUUGUCAGUGACAAAGCAAGUGUUGAUUCAUUUGAAUAUAAUAACUCUGUGUUUGAUGAUUUGAAUGCAACUAAUCCAGCACAGCUUAAAAAAAAUGCCACUCAGUUUAUGCCAACUUCAGUUUUGAAGAAGUUGCAUAGUGAAAAAUCUCUUGAAGGAAACGACUCUAUGAUAACGCAUCCUGAUCAUUCAGUUAUUGAUUUAUCUUCUAACUAUCCAGAUAUAGUUAGUUCUGUAAAGCAUAAUCCAAUUGAAAGUGAACUAGAUCAACUUCUUUCAACACCCGAUCGAUCAUCAUUUAAAACGCUUGCUAAAGAAUCUUCAGUUUUUUACCAUAGUUUACCAGCAACGCCGCAACAACUGCCUACUUUAGCAUCUCACAGUAUUAGUGCUCCCGGAACACCUGGUCACCGUGACAAUAAUGAUCCGCCACCAGUCCAUAGAUUUCCUAUUGCAAACUCAAAACUUGCAGAUACUUACCAUUCUUUGUUGCAAACUUCUCCUUCUGCUUUCGAUCCUAUCAAUACAAAUAAAAAUCCUAGGGUUGGGGUUAUUGGUUCUCGUCCAGUUAAAGAUUCAACCCUAGAAAGCCUUGCUCCUUAUGAUUCUUCUCGUGGUUUUGCUGAUCCUCGUCUUGCUCCAGGAAACAAUUCUGCUCGUUCUUUAGUUUCUUCUGUUUCAAAUACUAAUAAUAUCUCUCAGUUAUCAAGUUCUACAAAACCUCCAUUUAGACAUCCUGUUAUGCAGUCUACUCCAUCCAAUGCACCUCAAUCUCAACAGCAGCAACUUCUUCAUGCACAACGGAUGGCACAAAUACAACAAGCUCAAUUGCAUCAACAGCAAAAAUUGCAACAGAUAGUUCAGCAAGCUAAUCAACAAAAAAUCAAACAAACAGAGCAAGAAAAACAAUUUCCUGUUGGGAUUCGUCCUUUGUUACCUGAUCCAGAGCCUUUUUCACAACAUCGACAUCCGGCUGAUUCACGUUAUCAACAGCAACAGCAAGAACAAAUUCAAUUAUUUCGUCAAAAGCAGCAAACAAAUAUUCAACCUCAACCACCUGUUAGUCAAUUGCCUGGCAAUAAUAGUUUUAACAACAACAAUUCCAGAACAGCUUUAUAUCCAACGUACCAAGGUGUACCUCAUAAUUUGCAAAUGCCAUUACAACAAUCAGUUGGUUUACCAGCAAACUUUGCAAGAUCUCCGCAAAAUUUAUCUGGUGUAAAUCUAGCUGCGCAAGCUUUAAUGCAACAGCAGUUAUUAGAAAGAGCUAGAAUGUUUGCUCAAGCUCAUUUGAUGCAGCAACAACCUCAAAUCAUGCACGCUGCACUCAUUGCACAAGCUGCCUUGGUUAGAAGUCAAGCACAAGCUGCAGCAAUGAUGCAACUUAACCCAAGAAAUAUUCAAGCGAUGGCAGAACAAAUGGGCAUUCGAACUAAUAAACCAAAUUCAUACAUAAAUAAGAACUCUCAACCUUUUUCUAAUACUCCUUCUAAUGCUUCGUCCGACGAUUUUCUUACUAAAUGGUUUAGUAAAGAUAUAUUACAACAAGUGCCUCCUAAAACUGCCGAGUUAAAGGGUGCUAAUGUUGUUUCUGUUGAAGAAGUAGAGAAAGUCCAGCGAGUAUCUUAAGUCUUUAAAAUAAAAUUCUUUGAAUUCACUGUAUUUGUGUUGUUGAGUUUAUCUUUUAUUCCUUAUGUCAGAAAUUUCUCUUGAGUUAUUUUUUAAUGUUUAUAUGUAAUCUAACAUGUUUAAUACAUGAGUAUUUAAUUUUGUUGGCGUUUUAUCCGUAAGCAGUUUAUGUGUAGUAGUUUUAUUGUCGUGUUUCAGACUCAGUUUUGUGCAUGUAAAAAGUGUGAUGUAUUGCUCUUGUGUUAUAAAGCUUAUGUGUUCUUUUAAGUAUUUUAUGAUGUUUUUUACUUUUGUACUCAACGCCGUAUUUUCAUUGUUAUGUUUUGUACAGUAGAAAUAAAAAUCAAAAACAUUUUAGAAUAUAUUUAGUUAAUUAAUAGUCUUUGUUCGUUUUUGUGUGUAAAAGUUAGUUGAUAAUAUUUAUGUUUAGUUAUUUAUGUAAAUAAUGCUUUCCAGAGUUCAUAUUCUAUUUCUUUCGAUGUGUGCAUAAUGGUUGUUUUAAAACCAUAUUUGGCUUUUGUUUUCUUUUAUGCCUUUGUUUUGUUUUUUACUAUUGCCGUUUUUUAAUCUUGUGCGGUUUAAUUAUGUUUAAUAGUUGUUUUAGAUGUUUUUAAUGUUUCAAAUGCAACCUUUUAUUUUUCACUAAUAUUGGUUUAUUUGAGGUUCAUAUUUCAUUCUUGUCGACGCCGUUUACUUUGUCGAAAUCUAUUUGUCGGGUUUCUAUUUAAAACAGAAAGAAUAAAAAUAUUGUUUA